UGAACGCCCCCUGCACACGUUGGCUGUGAUGUGCAGUGAAUGGGCCAUGAAAACAGACCUGGAUUAAUCCUAUGAUUGACAAGAAUGAGACAUCUCUAGCUAGUUUCAGGAUUAAGGUAUUACUGGUGCAAGAGGGUGUUCGUUGUGGCAACUAACACGGACAUAGGCGCCGAAUCUCCAUCACCGGCGACUGCACCCUGAACAUCUGAAGACUGUCUCCUUCUCUCUCCCCCCACCCCCUCCCCCAGUGCCCAGACAGACCCCCCCCCCCCUCGCCCUGCCAGUGGAGGAGUCAUGACCCGGAAGCCUCAUCAUGGCCGCGGUACCCCCUGCACCACCAUCCUCCCCCAGCUGACCUUGGGCCUCACCCUGGCCCUCGUGCUCUCCUCCCCGGGGAGGGCGCUAGGCGAGGGGGAGGCUUCGUCUCCGGCCCAGGUGCUCCAGGACCUGCUAGCGCGCUACGGGGACAACGCCACCAUCUCAGUCCCCCAGCUGCGCUCCCUGCUGGCCCGCCUCAGCGCCGGGCAGGGGGACGGCAACACCACGGCAACGCCACAGCCCCCACCCCCAGGGCCCCCAGCUGCCCCACCGAGGACCAACAGCUCUAAAUGCCUCCCUGCUGACACCCUGGCGGUGUACAGCAUCAGCGAGCAGUCUCGCCUGGACGGGCGGGGCUUGCAGGAACUCUGCCCCACCAUGCUGCAGCAAUUGGACGCCGGCAAUUGUGGCGCAGAGCAAGGGGAGGAGCUCAGCGUAGACCUGCCCCCUAGACCCACGGAUUCGGAAGUUUGGGGUUAUGGGUUCCUGUGCGUGACGCUCAUCUCGCUGUGCUCCCUGGUGGGCGCCACCGUGGUGCCGUUCAUGAGGAAAACCUUUUACAAGCGCCUGUUGCUGUACUUCAUAGCCCUGGCCAUUGGCACGCUCUACUCCAACGCCCUGUUUCAGCUCAUCCCAGAGGCGUUUGGCUUCGACCCGAUGGUGGACUUCUAUAUGUCCAAGUCCACCGUGGUGUUCGGAGGCUUCUACCUGUUCUUCUUCACGGAGAAGGUCCUCAAGAUGCUGCUGAAACGGAAGGACGGGGCCAAAGGUCACGGCCACGGGCACAGCCACUACCCUGCGGCGGAGCGCUACGCGGCGGCCAACGGCGACAUGGAGGAGGGUGUGGCGGAGAAGCUGCAGAACGGGGAGGCGGGGCUAGGGGCGGGGCUAGCUCUGGACAAGGUGGACGGAGGGGAGGGGGACCGCAUGCUUACACCCGCAACCACCCCGCAUGACACGCAGAGCUUGGGAGGGGGCGGGACGAGCAGCGGCGGCUGCUAUUGGCUGAAGGGGACGGCGUACUCUGACAUCGGCACGCUGGCCUGGAUGAUCACGCUGAGCGACGGGCUGCACAACUUCAUCGACGGCCUGGCCAUCGGGGCCUCCUUCACCGCCUCCGUCUUCCAGGGAGUCAGCACCUCCAUAGCCAUCCUGUGUGAAGAGUUCCCCCACGAGCUGGGAGACUUUGUGAUCCUGCUCAACGCUGGCAUGAGCAUCCAGCAGGCCCUGUUCUUCAACUUCCUGUCUGCCUGCUGCUGCUACCUGGGCAUGGGCUUUGGCAUCCUGGCUGGAAACAGUUUCUCACCCAACUGGAUCUUUGCCCUGGCCGGGGGCAUGUUCCUUUACAUCGCCCUGGCUGACAUGUUCCCAGAGAUGAACGAGGUGAGUCGCGAGGAGGAGGAGGCCGGGGGCACCCGUGCGCUCGUCACCUUCGCCAUCCAGAACGCCGGCCUGCUGACCGGCUUCGCCAUCAUGCUCCUGCUCACCACCUUCUCUGGACAGAUAGCGCUGACAUAGCAGGCACACACGGCACCCGAAUGAACCGCCUCAGACCGGACGCGACUGGAACCCGAACCUGGGAAUUUGCGGGUUUCAGAUUUGAGUGUAAACUGAUCUUAACUGGGACCUGGUUCUUUAAGGGAGCCUUCCCAGUGUUUUUCUCCCCCCCCCCCCUCCUCAAACGGGUAACCCAGGGAUGGUCACGUGCGGCAGGAUCGCACCCUCUACGAAAUGUCUGAGCUCCUAUAUGCAGUACCUGACUGACGAGGCCCCUCCCCUCGCCCCUUUAGCCCCACCCCCCCAUGCUUGGCCCUCUUCCAGGGACCACAAACCUCCCUUCCUCUGUUAAGAAGCUCUUUAUGAACUCCUGUGUACUGUUCAUAAAUGGAUGUGCAAUACAGACUAAAUAUAAACAAACCCCUUUCCCAACCCAUGUCACUUCCUCCCUAGACGACUGAGCAACCAUUUAGUCUCGGCUGAUUGAGUCAUUAGUUCACACAAUUAUUUCCUCUUCUUUGUGUGUGUCCUUAGUCUACAGAACCAGCAGCUUAAAGAAGCAUUGUAAACGUCCUUGGACUUUCUGAACUUCUCAUUCCUUACCAAAAAAAAACAAAAAAAACAAACUGGUAUGUCGAGCAGCCAAACAAAACUGAACAAUACGAUCGCUAUUCCAACGGACGAUGUUGUGUGUUUUUUUUAUGUUGUUUGUUUUACAUUAGAAACUAGACAGAACAAAA